GUCGUGAGUUCCACAAGCUGAUCGUUCGCCCGGACAAACAACCUGAGGUUUCCAAUUCUUUUAGCACCGUGCAUGGGCCUGAAUUCGCUCGGUAGUGGAGUUGCUGGAAGUGCGGAGGGCUCCUCAGCGACAGCUUCGUCUCCAACUCCAAUGCGAAAAAAAAAGAAUCGCAAGUCUGCUAAGGACGACAAAAUUAGCAUGGCGACCCAGGGCCCCACUCGAGAUCAGGACACACCGAAACAGCACAACAGCGACCGGCUCCAGGGUCUGCCCGGAUCUGGGAAGAAUGGUGGAGCAUCAAAAAGCAAAGACUCCGGUCGCCCUCAGACCCGGAAGAAAACCAAAGCUCCUCCGAAUUGGAGAUGUGAGAAGCGAGACGACGACGACGGCUGUACCGCAACGGAGGACCUCAAUCCUCACACAAGUGCACAAGAAUACUCACUUUCGGAGGCAAAUGCGAGUCGGGAUAGCGACGCCUCAACCGUCGAGCUGUCAAUGAGUCAUGAAGCAGCUCUGGGAAACCGGAUUCCCGGGCUCGCCCCAUCGCCCGGAAUCGAGCGCGGAUCGCCAUCGACUCAGCCGAACAGCCUGUACAAUUCUGCGCACCCUUUGUACCUCCGGCCGGACUAUCUGGACCUUCUCAACGAGCACGCGAGGCAUUGUCCGUGA